UCUGCCUCUCAGCAGGUUUCUAACAUGGGUGGCAGGGGAACAAGCAAUUGCUCAGAAGUGACUGACUUCAUUCUCGUGGGCUUCAGGGUCUGCCCAGAGCUCUACAUCCUCCUCUUCCUGCUAUUUCUCCUUGUGUAUGCCGUGAUCAUCCUAGGGAAUGUUGGGAUGAUGGCCAUUAUCAUGACUGAUCCCCGCCUGAACACACCAAUGUAUUUCUUCCUAGGCAACCUCUCCUUCGUUGAUCUCUUCUAUUCCUCUGUUAUUGCACCCAAGGCUAUGAUCAACUUCUGGUCUGAGAGCAAGUCCAUCUCCUUUGCAGGAUGUGUGACCCAGCUCUUUCUAUUUGCCCUCUUCAUUGUGACUGAGGGAUUUCUCCUGGCAGCCAUGGCUUAUGACCGCUUCAUUGCCAUCUGCAACCCACUCCUCUACUCUGUUCAGAUGUCAGCACGUCUCUGUAUGCAGCUGGUGGCUGGUUCCUAUUUCUGUGGCUGCAUCAGUGCAGUUCUUCAGACCAGCAUGACAUUUACUUUAUCUUUUUGUGCGUCUCGGGCCAUUGACCACUUUUACUGUGAUGACCGUCCACUUCAGAGGAUUUCUUGUUCUGAUCUCUACAUUCAUAAAAUGGUUUCUUUUUUCUUAUGCAGCAUUAUCAUUUUGCCUACCAUAAUUGUCAUUAUUGUGUCCUAUACGUAUAUUGUGUCCACAGUGCUAAAGAUACGCUCCACGGAGGGACGUAAAAAAGCCUUCUCCACAUGCAGCUCUCACCUAGGAGUUGUGAGUGUACUGUAUGGCGCUAUCAUUUUUAUGUAUGUCAUCCCUGACAAAUUUCCUGAGCUGAGUAAGGUUGCUUCCUUAUGUUACACCUUAGUCACUCCCAUGUUGAAUCCUCUGAUUUACUCUCUGAGAAACAAAGACGUCAAGGAAGCUUUUAGAAAGAUUCUCGGGGAAAAAAUAGUUUUAUUUAAUUCUAUGUUAACAUUGAUAUAA